AGCGUGCUGUGUUAUCGCAGAGCUCAGAAAACGUAGAAAAAAGUACCAGUAUCAGUGUGGUUUCAAACCCAUGCCAACUCAGACGUGCCCAUCUGUCCAAGCCUUCAGGGCUGAACCUCCAACAGCAGCUGCUCGCCAAGCGGCUUCAUUCAUGAGGAGAGUUUAACACUCCUAGUCUAGUUUCUAGUUAGCUAACGCAGCGGCUAGUCUCUCUGCUGACGUCGGCUAGUUCCAUCUCCAGCGUUUCUGAAGCUCAGUGUUUCAGGACGAUGAGCACAAAGUGCCCCCAGGAUGGUGGGAGAUCUGUAUUGAAGUGGAAGAGUAGCUGGAACUUGGUGCCUCGUGUCUCCUGUGUUGAGAAAAGACAUGGCAGGAAGUGAAAGAUGCCCUUCUGAGACCCAGCUUCCAGCACUAAAGCCUCAUCCACCUGAGCAGCACGAGUCAACUAGGAGGGGAAUAGUCAUUCAGCUGACUGGAACAGAGGGUGAAUGGGACAGUCUUGAUGAUAAUGAGCUCAUUUUCACACUGGACAAGGAUGGCCAGAAAUCUCUCAGCUCCACAAACUCCCUCCCAAAGCCCAGGCCAUGCUCCAUGGACAUCCAGACAGAUGACGAAUGGGGUCCCCACUCAUCCAUGUUCCACGUGCCCUUGUCCCCAUCUUCUCCAGGUUCUUUGGGAGAUUGCUCCUCAUCCUCUGGUCUGGGCUUUCUCUCACCCACUCACCGUCCACUGGCUAGCCUUGUGAAGUCUUUAUCCACAGAGCUAGAGCUGAAGGACACUUCGUCACUCAAGCCCAAGCCUCUGCUCAGCCUGGUUAAGUCCAUCUCCACAGAGCUUUCUCGCAGCGAGCCUGAAGUUUCCCAGUCUAAGUCAGACUCCAAGCUCAAUCUGCACCUGUGGACACAGCUGACCCAGCCUAAAAAACGCAAUGGGGACUCCCGCACUGCCCCCCCAUCCCCUGUUGAUCUGUCUCCUUCUGAACCCAAAGCAGGCUUCUUCAAAGCGGAGCUGGAGGACACCCGCCGCAAGCUGACCGAGGCCAUGCAUGAACCCCUCAGCGUCUUCAGCAAGAUCAUGCGUGAAGACAGUGUGGGCAGCCCUAAGCACCAUAAAAGCACAGGUUCUAUGGAUUCUCUUUACUCUAAAGGAUUUGGAAGGUCAAGUGGAGACCAUACAAUGUCCUGUGAGUGCCCUAUCAGGAGUGGUAAGAGAGUGGAAUGUGAUGGACUUCCCAUGUGUAACUGGGCUGUGAGACAACGUAAGAGAUGUCCUCAAAGAUCUUACCUUUCGCACAGUCACCACAGCAAACCAGAAGACACAGUAGCCACACCAGAGGUGUGCUCAAAUGGAGAUGUUAUGCUCGAUGGUGAAAUAACCGAUAAAAGUGGCCCAGCAGAAGAACAACCAUGUUCUCCUGUCCCAAAGACGGCUCUUGGCUGUGUUGUUGCUUCGUCCUACUGCUACUUCGUCUUGCCUUUGUCCCCUUAUUGGUCUGGAAUGUUUGUAGGCUUGGCAUUGGGCUUCAUGCUAGGGCUUCUGCUUAUCCGAUUAGGUCUGACCAUGGCACAGCCGCAUAAUGGACACCCAUAUAGACUCAAUGAGAACCCAUAUGACAGGUUUCAGAGUGAGUCUUUCCAGAGCAACACACAUGCACUUAAGGGCUGGAUGAAUGAGAUGUAUGCAUAUGAUCCAGAGACCUACUGUCCCUCCUUAAUGCACUCUGUCUAUGCUACGCUGGAUGGGUCGUGUCUUCGGCUGGACUACCCCAGAAACAACAUCCCCCGCUGGGCCACAUUUGAUGAGCCGCUACGUGAGAAAAGUUUCAUCCACUCUCGUACGUUCCAGCUGGAUGGAAGCAAGGUGUUCCUGCUGCCCCCAGUUCUGGCACGUAAAAGAGUGUGGAACAGGAAAUAUCCCAUAUGCAUCACUCUGGCUAAAGCAGAGGAGCAAACAGAGGAGGUGGGACUGCUGGAGAGUCAUCCUGAGACACACAGACCUGAGAAAUCAGCUCAUCUACCAUCUAAAUCCAGCCACCCCACCAUACUCUACCUCUUCGGAAGAACAGGGAGGGAAAAGGAGGAGUGGUUCCAUCACCUUCUCUCUGCAUCCACUGUCAAAGAAGAGGGCCACUGUGAAACCACAUCAGAUGUGUCAGGGAUGCAAGAGGAAGGCUCCUGGUGUCAGGUGCAGGUUACUGGUAUCUCCAGCAGGGGUAGCACUGAGAACAUUUCGUCUGUGCCUGUGUUCCCUGUUGACAUGGUGGGCAGAAUGAGGGAGAAUGUCCUGCUGGACUACACCUCCUACAUGACCUAUCUCAUCUACUCAGCACACACCAGUCCACUAGCAAGCUCCUGUCAUAGCAGCACUCAAGGCAGUCCCACUGACAAAGAGCAGAAUGUAUGUUAUCAUGGAGAGGAGACGCAGCCAGUUUGGAUCAAUGCCCUGAUUGGUCGAAUCUUCUGGGACUUCCUCCAUGAAAAGUACUGGGCGGAUCAAGUAGCCCACAAGGUUCAGCGCAAGUUGAGUAAAAUAAGGUUGCCUUACUUCAUGGAUGAUCUGACCCUGACCGAGCUGACCAUGGGUUCCUGCAUGCCCCAGAUUACCAGCACAUCCCUGCCACACAUCAAUACUAGAGGACUGUGGCUGCAGCUGGAGAUCGAGUACACAGGUGCCCUGCAGAUGACACUGGAAACCAAGAUUAACCUGUCCAAACUGGGCAAGGAUGGUGACACAGAGGUGUUUAGAGAGGUGGAGACCUACCGUGUGCACACCAGGUCCAAGCUCUCUGUUCUGGCUGAUAGUGAUGAAGAGUCCUCCAGUGCAGGGUCCUCUGAUGAAGAGGAGGCUCCAUCCACUGAGCCUCAAGGCACUCUGGGAGAGAAGGGAACUGUUCCUGGUGCUGAAAGCGGUGCGGCUGUGGGCAGCACAGGCCGGCGGAUUUUGAGAUUUGUCGACAAAAUCGCUAAAUCCAAGUACUUCCAGAAGGCCACAGAAAAUGAGUACAUCAAAAAGAAGAUUGAGGAGAUGUCCAACACGCCUCUGCUGCUUACGGUCAAAGUUCAAGAACUUUCUGGAACACUUGCUAUCAACAUUCCACCUCCCCCAACAGACAGAAUUUGGUACAGUUUCUGUGUGCCGCCAAAGCUUGACCUGCGAGUCAGGCCCAAACUAGGAGAACGGGAGGUGACCUUCUGUCAUGUGACUGAAUGGAUUGAAAAAAAGCUACAGGAUGAGUUUCAGAAAGUCUUUGUUUUGCCGAACAUGGAUGACAUAUGCACUCUAAUGCACUCUGCCAUGGAGAGCCAGCCAGCGCCUCAGCAGAAUCCAGCACCACACUGUUCUACUAUGAACUCCUCAGAGACCUGCACCCUCAGCCAUACUUCCCAAUCAGACUAGUGCCUCAUUGCCUCAUUCCGCUUGUGAAAAUACAUCACCUCCACUUCAGUGGGUACGUCAUGGAGUUGCAGUGCAAAAAACAACAGGAGUGGAGUUCAGACUUGCUUACAUUUCCUUUUACGUGAUAAGAAAACAAAGGCCAAGUCAAGCACAGUCUCACUAUUGUAUAUGUGUUUAAUUAAUGGAUCCACAACUGACUGUGAAGUAUUUUACUUGUUUAUUUUUUUAAUAGAUACCAAAGAAUGUGUAAAAGGUUUAUGGACUAUAAAGUAGAUUCUAAAAUAAGGACGGGUAUUGACCUAUUUAUUUACAAUUUCUUUGUUAAAUAAAUACUAUUUAGACAUUUUAAGUCACAGAGAAUAUCAAGAUGAUUGAAGAUUAUAUUGCUACUGGACUUUCACACGAGAGUUAUCUUCACCUUCAAUGACAAUAGGUGAUAAAGGAAUGCUGUGUGCAGUCUGAACUUUCUUUAGCAAGUGAUAUAUAAGGAUUUGCGACCCAGCUGUUGGAAUGCAUUCAUUUAGUAACAACUCUGCUGUUGUCUUGUUUGCUACACAGCAGACUUUAAGACUGCAGGGCACAUAAGACUGGAUAAAAGCACACAGUGGAAAUGUUCUAAUUUGAUGUAAAUAUAUUGGAAUGGAUGUAGUUUUUAAGAGUUUGCACAUUAAAGGGGCAUUCUGGACUAAAACUAGCUUUCAAUACAUUCUUUGUUUUACAUUCUUUGUUAGCUUUGAAAUAGUCCACAAUUUUAUAUCAUUUUUACAUUUUCAUCCAUCAAUGUUCUCUCAUUACAUUAUCCACCAUGCAUUGCACAAAUAUGUCAAACAAAAAUAAGGGAUCCUCUAGCAGUGACAAAGUAAUGGACUGAUGUAGACGCUAAUAAAUAAAGGGGUGAUAGUUGGCUCCCAACGCUAACAUCUGGCUUACUUUUGCA